AUGUCGUCCCCGACGUCGCAGUACAGCCAGGAGCGCGUCUCCCACCACCCCCGCGGCGCGGUGUACCCCAGCGUGCCGACCCAGAGCCUCGAUGUUGUCGUCGACAGGACGCUGAGUCGCGCCGUCGGGUACGAGCGGCAGCUCAAGGAAGUCGAGUCGAGACUGUCCGAGCACCUGGGCAAUUACCGCGCGAUAGACGGGCUCCUGCAGGAGGCCAUCACCAUUCUCCGGCGCAACACCGCCCGCGCACGCAAAGCCGAAACAGACUACGUCCCGCGCAUGACCGCGCAGCUCGACUCCUCCCUCUCCCUCCUCUCCUCCCUCUCCUCGCAGCUCCCCACCAUCCGCACGCAGACCCUCCAAGUCCGCGCGGCAUACGACGCGGGGCGGCGCAAGGCGCAGGCGCUCGUCGCCGACCUCGAGUGGCUCAACCGCGACUGGUACGACCGCUGGCGCGCGGCGGUCUUCGCGCGCGACGCGCCCGUGUCGUGGCGCUGGCGCGCGCUCAUGCGCGCGCUGUUCGCCGCGUGCGUGCUGGUGUUCCUGUGGGGCGCGUGGACAGCGGUGAGGGGCGCGUACAGGGCGCAUCGGCACCGACUUGUCUGGGGGGAACGAGUGUUGUCCUGA